UCUUUCACACACUGCAGAUAAAUGUUUGGAACGCAACCCUGACAGAAGGAUAGUAAGAUCAAUAAUUUUACCAAGUCGUGAUUAAAGUAUUGUUUUUAAUCAAAAAAACUUGUGUGGGGCGUAUCAUAUCCUACAAAACUACAGAGGGACACAGGACACCACAAUGGCGACAGACCCGUGGAUAGUACAUCCGCACGAGCACGCAAAGUUUGCGGAGCACUUCCGCAACCUCGGGCCCGUGAAUGGACAUCUUACUGGAGAACAGGCCAAGAGGUUCAUGUUGCAGUCCCAGCUGCCGCCCCCCAUCCUGGGUCAGAUCUGGUCGCUGGCAGACACCAACGCUGAUGGCAAGCUGGAUCUUCGAGAGUUCUCCAUUGCUUGCAAGAUAAUAAACCUGAAACUCCACAAUAUAGAGAUACCGAAAGUGUUGCCGCCUUCUCUACUCGCCUCCCUCAGCCCGACCGCAGCCACCCCGAAACCGGCAUUCGCAUCCCCGACCCCAGUCCCCGCCCCCAUCAGACCACCAAUCCCCCCCAUGCCAGCCAUGCCGCAACAGCCUCUAAUAUCCGGCCUCCCAACCGCCCCACAAAGUAACCAAUCAUUAUUAGGCGACCUUGUAGGCCCACCCCUAACUCAACAACCCCCUCUAAUCCCACCUCAACCCCCAAAACCAAACGUACCAGAUUUAAUCUCAGGUCAACCAUUAUCCCAACCCUUAAUCUCUCAACCUUUAGUAAACACUCAACCGCUUAUAAACCCGCCUUUAACUCAACCUGUACUCCCGCCUCAACCGAUAAACCCGCCUUUAACUCAACCAAUUAUCCCGCCUCUAACUCAACCAAUGAUCCCCCCUCAACCGAUCGUACCGACAAACAACUUGAUAGGCCAAAAUCCGCCUUUGAUCCCAAAUCUACCAAUGGAGUCUUCGUUUUCGAACUUAAAUCAGCCUCUGAUUCAACCAAUUGCGCCUCAAAAUAAGGCCUUUUCGCCUCCCGAAGUGCCUGUUACUGGGCAGUCACCAUUAAUGUCUAAUGUGACUACGGUGUCAACUGUGGGGUCUUUAGUCACCAGCCCCCCUUCUGGGGUCAAUAGUCUUGCUGGGGUCAUUCAGCCCGUCACUUCCACUCCGUUGGCUGCGAUGAAGAGUGAUAGCAUGUCGAAGCCUGGUUCAUUAGUGACCAGUCCUACAGAGAUGCCGAUGGGAGUAAUGAGUCCCCCUGCGGCCGUGGAGUGGGGGAUUCCUCAACCACAGAAGCUAAAAUACACUCAACUGUUCAACGCUACAGACCGAGCGAAGACUGGUUCAGUAUCUGGCGCCCAGGCCCGCUCUAUAAUGCUGCAGUCUAGGCUCGCGCAGCAAGCACUAGCUCAGAUCUGGGCACUAGCUGAUCUAGACUCUGACGGGAAACUGGGCUGUGAGGAAUUCGUCCUGGCGAUGUAUUUAUGUGAGAAGGCGACGCAAGGUGAACCUGUACCGGCGAAGCUACCUCCAGAGCUGAUACCACCUACAUUCCGACGCGACUCAGUCUCAUCGAAUACUAGCGCGAAGUCCUACGAAGAGAGAAGGAGGGAAAACAUGGCGAGGGGACAGGCAGAGUUAGAGAGGAGACGGUCACAGCUAGCUGACGCUGCUAUGAAGGAGAAGGCUGAAAGAGAGCGCAAAGAACGCGAGGAAGCGGAGAAGCGAGAGAAGCUACGUCUAGAAGCUCAGAAGCGUGAACAAGAAGAGCUACUUCGGAAGCAGAAGGAAGAACAAGAAAAACGCGAGGCAGCGCGUAAGGAAAUGGAACGACAAUGCCAACUAGAGUGGGAGAAGAAACGUACGCGCGAAUUAGAAGCGAUGCGUACAGAGGAACAAUCAAAGGUCCUCUCCCUCAAAGCCAAGAGUCAGAGUGUGUCAGCAGAACUGAACUCCGUGGUACUGCGCGCCAGUAACCUGGCCAAGGACAUCCGGGAGACGAGGACUAGUGUCGCGGCCGCUAAGUGUACUAUUGAUGGGAUGAGGUCGGACCGCGACUCGAGUAUGGCAGAAAUGCAGCAGCUGAAGGCGCGCGUGAAGGAACUGAAUGCCAAGCAAAUAGCACUGAACAAGGAGAAAGCUGAACUCGAUGCCAAGGCUAAAGCAUCGGAGGGUGCAGGCGAAGACGGGAAGCUGAAUAUGAUGGAGAUCACUCUCAAACAACUGAGGGAUAAGGUGGAAGCAGCGAAAGCGCUGGUGGAAAGCAAGAAACAGGACUUGGAAACGAACAAAGCUCAGCUAUCGGAGCUGAGUAACACGGUGACGGAGCUGGGAGAGAAGUGUGCGCGGGUGUGGAAGCUGUAUGAAGAGAAGAGGGAAGAGUAUCUCAGUCGCAGCUCCGCGCCCGCUGAGAGUGCUUGGAACUCUGAAGCGGACUGGGGCAGCACAGCGAACGACGCGUGGGGCGAGGAGCCGGCCGCAGACAACGCCUGGGGGGACGCACCCCCCACUACUGCUACAGAAGCGGUGCCUUCGUCGACUGCCCCUAGAUGGCGCUGUGUGUAUGAAUUCAACGCGCGCACCGCUGACGAACUGAGCCUACAACCUGGGGACUUGGUCAGCGAUGCUCAACCACCUCGUGGUGAUGCCGAGCCUGGCUGGAGAUGGGGCACUGCCAGAGGCCAAUCGGGUUGGUUCCCGGAAUCGUACGUGGAGGAUAUAAAUGCGCACGCGCAGUCGUACAGCGAGGUCGUUGAACCCAUGGAGACUAAGACACAGUUGGAGGGUAUCGCUGAGGUGCCGGAGGCUGAGAUGGCCAACGACCUCGGCGGAGCUAUGCCUGUAGUCCAGGGCGGUGACUUCUACAUAGCUGCGUACCCGUACACGUCCGCUGAGCCGGGAGACCUCACGUUCGAGGCGGGCGAGAGGAUCGAGGUUAUACGGAGGGACGGAGAUUGGUGGACCGGCAGGAUCGGCAUCAGAACCGGCAUCUUCCCCUCGAACUACGUGACGAAGGACACCACGACCACGGCGGACGUGAUAGCGUCCAUCCCGGAGGCGGAGGAGGCCGCGGAGGGACAACACGACCCUCCCCCCGCGCCGCCGCAGCAACACGCCGCGCCAUACUCCCCGCCCAUACAGGAACAAAAAUCGUCGACCCCGAUAUCGUCCGAAGUGGCGUCUAUAACGGAGGGCGGAGGCUCCGCGGCGGGGGGCGCGCGCCCCGCGUCCGCCGCGCGACGCGACUCCGGCCGGGACUCCGUUACCGGACGGAGGAAGAACGAGGUGGCUCAGGCCAUCGCCAACUACACUGCUACUAGCUCGGAACAGCUCUCUUUAACCAAGGGUCAGCUCCUGGUAGUCCGAAAGAAGGCGGACAGCGGCUGGUGGGAGGGGGAGCUGCAGGCCAAGGGGAGGAACAGACAGGUCGGCUGGUUCCCCGCUAGUUAUGUCAAGAUACUGCAGUCAUCGGGCCGUACUUCGGGCAGAACGACUCCGGUUCUGUCCAAAAUGGACACCCUGCCCUCUGAAACGGUGAUUGACAAGGUAAUCGCACUGUAUCCGUAUACCGCACAAAACGCUGAUGAGCUAAGUUUCGAAAAAGAUGACAUAAUCGCCGUCACUGACCGCUCGCAAGACCCGGCGUGGUGGCAAGGAGAACUUCGAGGAAUGACCGGCUUAUUCCCAAGCAACUACGUAACAAAAUUAGUUAACUAAAUUCUAAUGUUUAGUCAUACUAAUAUUGUAAUCUAGAUUGUUUAGCAUUCUUAGGACCUAAUCACCUAGGCAAGUGCUUAUAGUAUUUAUUUAUUUAUUUAAGCCUAAAUUUAUUUCCUUGUCCUACGAUUAAGAAAAGGCUUUUAGUAUAUACUAUUUAGUUAUUCGUAAUAAGUAAUCUCAAUCCAAAAUCCUAAUUCCCGAUUCUCAAUUUCCAAUAUUCAAUGUUCCAUUACCAAUCUCUAAUCCCCAAUCCCCGUUCCUUAAUCCCUAAUACCCCCUUUCCCAAUCAUCCCAAUCCCCGAUUCUUAGGAAUUUACCCUACUAUUUUUUAUUUAGGCCGGCAACGCACUUGUAACGCCUCUAGUGUUUCAAGUGUCCAUAGGCGGCGGCGAUUGCUUACCAUCAGGUGAUCCGUCAGCUCGUUUACCAGCUUAUACCAUAAAAAAUGGUUUUAAUGAGCACUUGUCUAGUAUAUAAAAUACAUUAAUAAAUGUACCCGCGCUUAUUUAAAAAAUAGUUAAAUUUUGUCUUUUAAAUCCAUUUAGCACAACUGUAUAAUCAAUUAAAAAAAAGCUUAAGCUAUUUCACUAUAGUAAAGCUUUUUUAAACGAACAAUUGUAUAAUUUAAUUAUUAUUUUAAAUAUAUUGUUUUAGGGAAUGUUAUGCUAAGCGUCCACAGGCCCGCAUCGUACGCAAUCCGUAUGACGUCAUCAGCAAUACCUACAUGCAAUGCGUGCUGUGCGUGCGAUGCGUACGAUGCGGGCCUGUGGACGCUUUUCUUUAAGACGUUAUAGAACACUGCAAAUCAAAUUACAGUCCAUUUUCGUUAAUAGGGAUGAUGACGGGGUAUGAAAAUUAAAAAUCUAUUUAGUCCGUCAGUUAGGUAAUGAAAAAAUAUUAGACACGUAUUUUUUAUUUUGUCAUAUAAGAUAACAAUACUUUGAUAAAACGAAUCAAAGUUUAGGAGUGGGAGCAAAUACGUCAUUUCUACGUAUAAAACUUACCUAGAAGUGACGUCACGCGAUAUUUCAAAUUGAUAUAUCUUCGGAAGUAUUUGUUUUACGUAAGAAAAUAAGAAAUACGUGGCUAAUGUUUUAAAAUGAUCUAAAUGUUCAAGACGGACAUUAAAAUAUUAAUGUAAUAACAAGUUGAAUGCUCAAUUUCGCGCAGCUCAAAAUUAUAAGCCCCUGUUUAGCUCGAAACUAAUCGGGCAUCCUCGAAAAUGGUAAAUUGAAAGUCGUUUAAAAAAUGACAGAAAAUAGAUACGUAAUUUGAUUUGCAGUACUCUAUACUUAUUAUUAUUUUAGUUAUUCAACUAUACUCCUAAUUUUACCAAACGAAUUAUAACAAUUAUUGUUAGUUUUACUUUCAAAAUAUACUUUAGGUAACCUGAAUAGACCUGUUAUAGUAACCUAUGUAUUUGUAGAUUUUCUUACUAGUGAAACAAUAUUAUGUGUGGGCUCGCCAUGCUUCGGCACUGCUGGGCCGGCUCGACCGGAGUGAUACCACGGCCGAGCUGUACACCGACGUGAAACAACGCUUGCGUUGUGUGAGUGAGGUUACCGAAGGCCUUUCCCAAUCCCGAUUACCCAACAUUCCUUAAAUUCCUCACAAAAGGCCGGCAACGCACUUGUAACGCCUCUGGUGUUUCGAAUGUCCAUGGGCGGCGGCGAUUGCUUACUAUCAGGUGAUACGUCUGCUCGUUUACCGACUUAUACAAAAAAUAGGUCCAUACGUAAUUGUAUGUCUAUAGUGAACAAAUCUACAAAUACUUUGGUUAUAAAAACUAGCUUCGAAUUAGUAAAUCUAUCUAUCUAUUAGAUAAAUUUAUCAGGCACUUCUAGUAUUUAACUAGCCGUUGAUGUUACUUAGAGCAUUUAAAAUAUUAUAGAAUUAAAUAGAAGUCACCCCCUUCCCAUGGUAUAUAGGGUGACUGGUAAUUAGUGAACGAUAUUUAAACACGUGAUUGUACUCAUGAUUACAAACAACUUUCCCAAAGAAACUUUUUUGUACAAUUAUUAGUUUUAUUUUUAUCACAAUAAUAAAACAACAAAAUUUCGUGCGCGCGUGCUUUCGCAUGAUCAGCUGUUAGCAGCGAGGCGCCCGCGUUAUCGAAAAACUAAAAUUUUUGAUUACCAGAUCGCCCUAAUAUACCAAAAGCUUUGUUUGUCUAAUCUCUUUAGCUGUAAAAAAAACUCCAAUAAUUUGACAAUAUAUUACUACUUUAUACCUACCUUACUAUGUAUUCGAAACGAGAGCUCGUUCGGCACUUGGAUUUGUUGGUUUAUUCGAAUAAACCAAUUCAGAGCGUCGAACGCGCUCUCGUUUACUUUAAACGUAAUUUACGUACUUUAAACGUAAAGAAAAAACAUACGAACUGCCGUACUCGGAGACAUUUAAUGAUUACAAUUAAUGAUUACGCGACAGUCGCUGCGUCGCUGAAUGCUGCUCAUGAAUAUGAGCCUCUAGCAUGGCUUGAAACUAGUCGAGUUCCUCGUCAAACAGUUACGUGAGUAAGCCGAUAACUUAAUAAUUAAUUUAGUAUGUCUCACGAAAGUUAUAAUAAAAUUAUAGUACUUGUGUUAUUGUAUAUCUAUUUUAAAUGCUCUAUACAUGUGUUUGCCAGCAGAGUGUUGCCAUUAUAUUAUUAUUAUUAUCACCUAAUGUUACAAAAUAAUGUUAUGAACCAAUAAUCGUGUUAUCAGUAGUCGAUUGCGGUAGGAAUAAAUGUUACAAUCAUUC